AUGGCUUCUUCUGCCUUUGUCUUGCACCGCCUACCACGCAUCAUUGCGAGAACGCGACCAUCUUCAUCAUUGACGCCGCUGCGGAGAGCGCUGUCGACAUUGCCUAACAAUCCUCACAUUUACGUUCAUGAUGCCCCCGACUCGACGCGUCACAAGAUCCUCUCCUACCUGCCCAAUGAACCCACCAUCGCCUCUCUCGCCAUUGGCACUACCACGGAGAUCCCACCGACUCCCAAAUCCCUCGUCGAGAAUCCUCAAUUCUUGCAGAUUCUGCACUGGGUGAUCAAAGAUCAUGCCGUCAACGAUCCAGACGUGCAAGCGCAAGCUGCCAUGUAUGCGUCCCAAGCCGGCAGCGCCCUCGGUAGCGGCGGCACCUUCUUUCCUGCCAACCACCCAUCACAGCAGCGACAGCGACGGAAGACCAAGACCAAAGAGUAUGGUGGAGGAGGUGGCGGAGAUGCCGGAGCGAGUGCACAGGGCGGUAUGGGAGGUGCGGGCAGAGGAGGGUACAUUCAUGUCAGUGACCAGAGGUACCCGCCCGACUUUGGACGGGUUGCGUAUCCCGAGGAUAUAUUUGGCAGUCUUGAACUGGACUCGACGGGAAAUUUUGUGGACGGUACCGGACGCUAUCAGGCUGGCAAUACUUACCGGGUCGUGACGCAUGAAGGAAUUCUGGGACUCAGCGCAUACUUGCGGGAGCGACUGCUGGAAAAGUUACGUGAGCUCGAUGCGCAGGCUCGGCAGAAUGCGUAGGAGGCGCGUGCAGUGCUGUUCCUUGACACUCGACGAUAUGUGAGUGUGCGUGUGGACGGGUUUUCCUUGCCCAUGGCUCGAUUGUUAGCUGCCAGAGAGGAAGAGUGGCGAACCAAGGCUUUUGGUCCUGUUACGGCACGACCAAUUGUGUACUCCCGCUUUGCUCAAAACUUCCCGAUGGUGCUUGAAAACCUUCGUAGCCACUGCUUCCAAGCGAUACGCAAGUGGUGAUUGCACCAGAGACCUGCGUCAUGCUGUCGGUCUGGUCGAACGAUGCACAGCCCAUGAAUGUUUCUAGUGGUACGCCGUGGCCCGCUGGAAUUGAAUACUUUGACUUCCCCCUUUAGAGAUCCGGAGAGGCAAUACCGUGGCAACGCCAGUCGACGGCGAAGCUUAUGGACGGCGAAGAAACAUAAGAAAGACAAGCGAUUAUCAGUCGUGCGUGGGAACUCUUCAACGCAUUCACUCCUCUGCUCGCACUGUUAUCUAAUCUUGUGGCGCGAAUUGUGAAGAUUAUCGUCAUCUGAAGACAUUGAGGCUUUCCAACUGCCGCCCAAUCGCCACACCAGCUGCUCUGCACGUGUCAGUGAAGUUGUAACCCUGGGUGAAGCAAAGGCUUUCACGACUUGUUGACAAGUCCAACCCCAAGUCCAACUCGAACUUCAACUCCAACAACACCGCCUUGGAGUUCCAUUACCACCCCAACUUUAACAACUUCCAACCCCACUCCAUAUCUUUCUCCGAUGCCGGGAUUGGUGGCUCCUGAUGCUCCCGCAUCACCUGUACACGCAUUGACUGCGAGGGGACAAGGCCGAGCGGAUAUGAGCACUCGAACCACAGCCUUUUACGGCGGGAAUCCAUUUCUCUACGAGCCGGAUCGCCAGGGCCGACGACACUGGCGUCUGGACCGACAGAAACCUCCAGGAGAUGCUUACGAUGACCACCCUCUCGUCCCAGCACAUUGGUCGGUUUCCCCCGCAAUGACACAAGUCGACGACGCCUAUCGGUAUGAUACAAGGUGUGACCGACUGUCGCAAUGGACACCCAAGAUGCACACAGUCAACGAACUCGCCGACGAGGUACUUCGCGCGCAUGGCGUCCCUGAUGUGGGUCGUCGCGGGCUGUACAUUUGUGGCCACAUGGCGGACGUCGUAUACAGUCCCGAUGCCAAUGGCAAAGACCGGAAUAGCGACCGAGAGCGAAUCAUGGUCUUUGUGAUUGAACUGUCUCGCGCAGAUCGUCACAAGUGGCGGGAUAUGCAUGAAGAGUUGGUCGAGGUGUUGGUACGUGCCGGAGUCCGCGACUACCAUGGAGUACCGAUUCGGUAUUUUGAGCUCCGAACAUCCAUCUCACUCACCGCCGAGCCAGAACCUUUGGACGGCCUUGAGCAAGAUCCCGCGGAAGAGAGCGUGGAAAGUCCAACUUCCCCUAUGUCCAGUGCAGCGAUGCCUGCUUGGGCCACAUCAGCUCCGCCUGUGCGCCCAGCGCCACGGUCAUUGCAGACGUUCGCUGAGGCUCAUGAAUAUGUGAUGGGAAGAAGUCGUGAAUAUAUGCAGCAUAGAAGUCAGGAGCAGGAGAGGAAUGUGGGCAGUGGGAAUGCUUUUUUCUCGCGAGACCCUCGACUGCAAGACCCUCGACUUCGACGCAAUCAAUGACGUGGGAGAAGGGGGCAGGAAAAGGAUGCGAAGAAUGGCAGUUGUUGUGGCAAAAGGAUGUUUCAAAAGACGGGCGUUGAUACACCAUCCACUGUGUUUUUUUCCACAGUGGUAAGGUAGUAGAUGGGUAAAUGCCGAUUACAUUACAGAGCGGAUCCGUCACGUUAAUUAGGUGGUACUUGUGCAGUUUUUUUUAGAAACGCUCUUUUUUCUUCUUCCUCUUCCUCUCUCCCUCUCUCUCAAUCCAUAAACUCAACCGUCCUCUUCGACGCUCACAAUCCACAGACUCCCGAAGCCACUCGUGUGACAGUCGCAUCAAUAGCACCCAACUCCACCGCUCUCCCCCCCGUCAAAGUAUCCAUGGCCGCCUUGGCCAAAUUCAUCCCAUCACCCGCACGAUCAAUUCCGAUCACAUUGAUGGUUUUUUGAUUAUACGUUACUUGAUAACAUGCUCCACACUGCGCACUCCCCCAUCCAGCAAUUUCGAAACUCCCUCCAAUAUUAGGAAAUCCAGGAAUUUGACCUUGAGUUUGGAAGCCGUGGGUCGUGAUGAGGCCGUUGGGGCCGUCGCUGCAGGCGACGGAUGUGAGACUUCGGGAGGGGUCGUCGUAGCCUUCGUCGUAGCUGACGCGGAUGGCGGAGACUGUUGCUGCG